UCUGCAGAAAUAUAGCUCACCGUUAGGGGGAGACCUGUAUGCUGUCUUUGGCCCAGGAUGGCUAGAGAAUCAAGGGAAAGCACAGUCCUGGACACCCAAUAUGCAGAGGACCAGAUGGGGCUUCUGGUCAUAAAGGUGGAGAAGGAAAAAGCCCGUUCGCCUGGCAGCCCCGCAGUGGGCUCGGAGUGUUCCCGUCAGCGCUUCCGAGGCUUCCGAUACCUGGAGGCUCUGGGCCCCCGCGAGGCGCUGAGCCGGCUCCGAGAGCUCUGCCGACAGUGGCUGCGGCCUGAAAUGCACAGCAAGGAGCAGAUCCUGGAGCUGCUGAUGCUGGAGCAGUUCCUGACCAUCCUGCCCGGGGACCUGCAGAGCUGGAUGCGGGAGCAGCAUCCAGAGAGCGGGGAGGAGGUGGUGGUGCUGUUGGAGUAUUUGGAGAGGCAGCUGGAUGAGCGGAUGCCGCAGGUCUCAGGUGAUGAUGAGGGGCAAGAACUGCUCUGUUGCAAGAUGACAGUGAUGACACCAGCUCAGGGGUCACAAAGUAGCCAGUUUCAGCCAAUGAAGGCUCUGCUCAAGCAUGAAUCUCUGAGAUCCCAGCCCAGCCUUGUUCCUGCGCUUGCUCAGGGAGGGUGCUGCAGAGAAGACACAGUGGUAGCUGCCAGGCUUACUCCAGAGUCCCAGGGGCUGCUGAAAAUGGAAGAUGUGGCCUUGACCCUUACCCCUGAGUGGACACAGCAGGGUUCAUCUCAGGUGAACCUCUACAGAGAUGAAAGGCAGGAAAACCGUGGCAGCCUGGUCUCCCUGGGUGGUGAAAUACAGACUAAGAUCAGGAACUUGCCUCCAGCUGAGGAGCUUCCAGAAGAAGAGCCUGGGCAGAUACCGUGCCACCUGGGUGAAGACACUGCCCAGAUUCCUACAUGUGCAGAAGCUGGUGAACAGGAGGGCAGGUUACAAAGAAAGCAGAAAAAUGCCACAGGGGGCAGGCGGCACAUUUGCCAUGAAUGUGGAAAGAGUUUUGCUCAGAGUUCAGGCCUGAGUAAGCACAGGAGAAUCCACACUGGUAAGAAACCCUACGAAUGUGAGGAGUGUGGCAAAGCCUUCAUUGAGAGCUCUGCCUUUGGCAUUCAUCAGAGAGUCCACACUGGUGAGAAGCCAUAUGAGUGUGAAGAAUGUGGCAAGAGUUGAAGAAUGAGUCACAGCUCAAACCUUAUCAAACACCAGAGAACCCACACUGGGGAGAAGCCCUACGAGUGUGACGAUGGGAAGACGUUCAGCCAAAGCUGCAGCCUCCUUGAACAUCAUAAAAUUCACACUGGGGAGAAGCCAUACCAGUGCAACAUGUGCAGCAAAGCCUUUAGGCGGAAUUCACAUCUCCUGAGACAUCAGAGGAUCCACGGCAGUAAAAGUGUUGAGAAUCCUGAGCGUGGGGAGGCCUGGGAAAGUCAGGGUAGGAUGGAAAGCCAGUGGGAAAAUGUCGAAGCUCCCGUGUCCUAUAAAUGUAAUGAGUGUGAGAGAAGUUUCACUCGGAAUAGAAGCCUUAUUGAACAUCAAAAAAUCCACACUGGUGAGAAACCCUAUCAGUGUGACGCAUGUGGAAAAGGCUUCACCCGAAUUUCAUAUCUUGUUCAACAUCAGAGAAGCCAUGUUGAGAAAACAAAUCCUAUCACAGUGACCCAUGCUGUACAUGCCAAAGUUGGUGCUCAUGUGUCAUUGAACUGAAGCCACCCUGGAGCCCUGACUAUAGAAAUUAUAGGCUGAGGCUUUAUUUGCCACUAUACAUCAUCAGAUGUUAGAAAAUAUAGAGGCUGGCUGAGAUGAUUUAUCAUCUACUUUGUAGAAGAUGAUUGCAACAAAACCUUAUUUGAUAGGAGA